AUGUGUUCCAUGGCGAAACGUGAUGUGUUCCGAAUUCUAAUCGAAAAUGCUUACUACACCAUAAAAUACGAAAAUUUAAUAAACGAUUACCGCAGAAAUGCUAUAAGUCAAAGAGAUGUUAGAGAUUUUAUUGAAUUUGAAAAUCGUCUCCAUAAAUGCGCUAAUCAAGAAAUACCCGUUGAUCCAAAAGACGUAAAUGAUUGUGUCAAAAAAUUUCUCAAAAAACGAGAUACACAGGCAGCUUGCAGUAAAUGUUGUGUAAGGAAAAGAAAACCUAAAAAAAAAUGCACAACAAAACGUAGGUCUUGUGCCCCAAAAAAAUCUUCAAAGAAGAGAUCGUGUUCUGUUAGGUGUACUAUAAAUAUUGGAGAUAGUGAAAAUGAUGAAAGCACUGAAGACAAUUGCAGUGACAGUGGGAGUGAUAAACAAUAUAAAUAUGAUGAUAUAAGUACGAUUUCAAAGAAGAUUACAAAGAAAUGCGGCUCGACCUUAAAAGGAGAUGGUAACACUUGUCCUACACGCAUCAUUAAAAAUAUGGAUAGAUUGUUACGUUAUGGUAGUAUAUCAAAAUCAAAAAAAUCGUCCACUGAAGAAAAACAUGUAAAGAAAUUGAAAGUUGGUGUAGAUUUUGAGAGAAGUGAUCAAUUUGUUAAUUCUAUAAAGAGCAGCUGUGCUAAUAUAAGUUUUAAUAACAUUCGCGAUGAUAGAAAUAACAACUUCAAUCGGGCGGUGAAACGUAGUCAUUCAUCCUUAAGCAAUUCUGAGAACAGUUCAUUCCUUGAGUCUACAGAAGUUGGUUCAAGCGUUGAGAGUGUGAAAGAUAAGAACUUGACUGAUAAUGCAAAACGUAUUCCCAUUUCUAGGGAUCCAAAAUGUAGACGUUUAAAUAAUACUGAGGAACAUUCUUCAUUGGCAGCCAAAGAUGAUGCUUCCCGUUCUGAAUUUGAUAAGAGCAUUAAUUCAGAUGGGAACUCAAAACCCGAGCACACUUCCAAGAAUACAAUACGUGAAUGUUUUAGCAGUACUGAGGAACGUGAUAAGAAUAUUAUUUUAGCAGACAACUCAAAACGUAGUUACGUGUCAAAGAACGUAAAACGUAAACGUUUAAGUAGUAGUAAUGAACAUUCUUUAUUGGUAGCCAAAGAUGACGGUUUCCGUUCUGUAUUUGGUAAGAACAUUAAUUUAACUGGGAAUUCAAAACCCCAGCAUAUUGCUACAAAAGCAAAACGUAGACGUUUAAGUAGUACUGAAGAAAGUUCUUUACUGGAAACAAACGAUACCAAUUCCCUUUCUAAAUUUGAAAGGAACAGUAAAUUGGCUGGGAACUCAAAAGCGCAGCACAAUUCUCGAAACGCAAAACGUAGACCCUUUAGCAGUACUGAGGAAUUUGCUUUACUGGACGAUAAAAAAAAAGGUUUCUGUUCCGUACUUGAUAAGAAUAUUAAUUUGGCAGCGAACUUAAAACCCCAGAAUAUCCCUACGAAUGCAAAACAAAGACGCUUAAGUAGUACUAAGGAACCUUCUUUACUGGAGGUCAAAUGUAAACGUUCCUGUUCUGAAUUUGAUAAAAACAUUAAUUUUGCUGACAACUCAACCGCCCAGCACAUUUCUAGGAAUGAAAAACGUAGAUGUUUAAGUAGUACUAAGGAACUGGAAGCGAAAGAUGAUGUUUUAGGACAUCAUAAAUUUAAUAAAAAUAUUAAUUUGGCUGAUACACGUUUAAGUAAUACUGCGAAACCUCCUUCACUGAAGGUUAAAGUUGAUGAUUCAUGUUCUAGCUUUAACAAAAAUAUUAAUUUAAGUGACAACUCAAAUCGUCGUUACAUUUCUAAGAAUGUAACACAUAAUCGUUCGAAUCAUUAUAAGAAAAAGUCUCUUCUUGAUGUCACAGAUAAAAACUCACGCGAUGAAUAUUUGCAGAAUACCAUUCUGACUGAAAACCCGAAAUAUCAUGAUAUUUCUAAAAAAAUAAACCAAAGUCAUUCAAACGAUACUGAGAAGUGUACAUCAUCUGCUCUUGAGAUUUCAGAUGAUGGUUCCAUCACUGAAUGUCUGAAAAAUAUUGACUUGAUUAAGAACUCAAAACAUCGCCAAAUAUCAAUGGAUAUGAAACAUAGUUCUUUAAGUGAUUCUAAGAAAUGUUCCUUACUUAAGGUACCAGAUGAUAUUUUUAGCGCUGAAUGGUUACGGAAUAUUAGUUUGAUAGAAAACUCCAAAUCUCACGAAACUUCUAAAAAUGUAAAAUGUAGUUAUUCAAAUGAAUCUAAGGAAUUUUCUUCACUUGAGGUAGCGGGUGAUGUUUCCAGAACUGAAUGCCUUAGGUACAGUACCGGUACUAAUAAUGCUAAACGUCGUCACAUUUCUUCCGAUACAUCAUCAGAGAAUGAGAACACGGAAGACACGAACUCGAUAAAGGAUCGAGUGCACUUCGAAGAAAGUUCCUUAUGCACCUUGCAAACAACAACUAAAAUGAAUAAAAAUACACUGGGAAGUAAAAUGGCAAUACGAGUAUUACCUGCUCCACCACCUGCUCUGGUUGAAGACUGGCAUGAAGGAGCAACACGCGUUCCUUACAAAGUGGAUACUUGA